GUAAAAUUAGGUUGGCAGGACGUGUGGGCAUCGGUUUGAUCUCUGCCUUGAUUAAAAGGUGGAAAGGUAAAUACAGAAAGAAAUAGGUAAAGAAAUACCUUUUGACAAAGUCCUGCUCAUGAAAGAUGGAGAUCACAUCGUAUUAUACUAAACUUCUGGGAGAACUAAAUGAGCAGCGUAAGCAGGACUUCUUCUGUGACUGCAGCAUAAUUGUGGAGGGAAGAAUUUUCAAAGCUCACCGGAACAUUCUAUUUGCUAACAGCGGCUACUUCAGGGCCUUGUUAAUUCACUAUAUCCACGAUAGUGGACGCCCUAGCACUGCUUCGUUGGACAUUGUCACAUCUGAGGCCUUUUCAAUUAUUCUGGACUUCCUUUAUUCUGGAAAGUUGAACCUUUGCAGUAAAAAUGUUAUUGAAGUAAUGUCGGCUGCUAGUUAUCUACAGAUGACGGAUGUGGUCAGCUUUUGCAAGUUGUAUAUUAGAUCUUCUCUUGACAUCUGUGUGAAAGAUGAAAAGGAUGAUGAUUGCAGUCAUGUGGAGAAUGGAAAUAAUAUAAAUGCCUUUGGAGAUGCCGUGUCCUUCUGUCGGAAUCAAUGUCCAAACCCUGUUCCGACAGUUCAACAACAGAAAGAGGCAAGCCCGGAGAAUAAUAAAGGACUUAACUGGAAUGAAUGCAGUACUUAUCAUCCCAUGGAUCUUGCACAAAAGGAUCAAGAUAAUCUUUCUCCAGAGAAAGUUCAUCCUCCAUCGCUACCCAAGCUUCCAGAACCGAAGGUUGAAUUCGACGAGGAUGAAGUGGGAUCGGUUGAGCGGUUCCGACAGUUUACACCGUCUGCCACAGAUCAGACCGAGGAGCGGCUGCAGUCUGCCCCAGCCAUGGAGAUAGCUUAUGAGAAUUACCAGAUGAAACAAUUCCUGGAAGUUUUAUUGAGGACAGGAAAUGUCCAGCGGAAAGAUGACAUCAUGCAGCACUUUUCCCGUGGGGGGCGUCCGGAGGAUGGAGGGGGCACCUUCUCGAAUAUGAUGGAUGUCCAGAGCGAUUGGUAUGGGGAAGAUGCAGGGAAUGGGAUAAUUGUGCCAAAAAAGAUCUACAAGUGUCCAUUUUGCACCUACACAGCAAAGCAGAAAGGGAUCCUGAAGCGACACAUGCGUUCCCACACAGGAGAGCGCCCAUACCCUUGUGAGACCUGUGGAAAGAGAUUCACCAGACUUGAGCAUCUUCGAAGUCAUGCUUUAAGUGUGCACCGUUCUAACAGACCAAUUGUCUGCAAAGGAUGCAGGAGAACCUUUACCAGCAACUUGCAGCAUGGAGCAAGGCGGCUUGGCCUCUGCGAUAGCUGCACGUGUGUGAUGACAACGAAUGAGGAAGCAUCUCCAGUCAAUCUAAGCCAGACUGAGCAGGGUUUGGAAACCCAGGAGAAGGAGGACAAAGAUGCUAACUGGCCUGUGUACAUAGAAUCAAGUGAAGAAAAUGAGUCUGCUGGAGACAAUGUGGACGACAAGCAACAGAUUCAGAGAAGUUUGACAGAUAGUGAAGGAUUUAUUUAGUGACACAGUUUAUUCCCUCCACUCCAGAUGGGUUGCAAAUGUUCUUCCCUAAGCAUCAUGAUAAGCAAGUGCAGUAAUGUACCAUUAUAGUGUUGGAACCUUCAAGGCCAAAGAAACUCCAGCCAAUAUAGAUCCCUUAUUAAUUUUCAAAUGGGGUAUCAACAGUUGGAAUGGACCUCUGCCCAAGGAAUCCAAUUAGAAGUUGGUAAACUGGACAGAAGAAUAAUACAGAAUGGUUGCCAACCUGAAUGGAGGAAGCUGGGAAGCCUCUUUCUGUGACAAUUCCUUAAAUAGAAAGAGCCAAAUAUCUGCUGGUACAACCAAAGUAAAAUCCAGAGCCAAUUCCCUUUCAGCAUUUGCUGAUUAUUACUGCUUGAGAAUAUUUUUCCCAAAAGAAACUCCGCAAAUACAAUGGGACUGUGCUAAUUCUACUUUAAGUGACUUGUUCAAAGCAAAUACAUUUUGGUUGACUAUGCCAUUGGCUAAUCACUUAGUUCAAGAUCAAACAACUUGUAAUGUUCUGCAUUGAAUAGAUUUGUGGAUAAACGUUUUAUUUUAAAAAGCACUAAAGUGGUGGUGUUAGUGCAUUCAGAUCUUCACCUUUGAAUUUUAUGUGGAUGUUUUCUAACUUGUACUUGGUGAACAUUGUGUUGAUGUUCCUUCGGUUGAGUAAAAAGUCAGUUCUCCAAGACUUUUAUUUAGGGGCCAAUAGCCAGACCAACUGGAUAGCCCAGUCCUGGCUGCGAUACUGAACAUUCUUUAAUCACUAUAUGCCACAAAUGAAGGCAGGCAAGUUGGACUUCAGACAACUGAAGAAAUUUCUCCAGCACUUGAUAUAUUUAUGAUAAUUGUAACCAUUCUCAUUAUCGUCUUUUUCUGUUUAUGUUUUUUUAUUGUAAGGGGUGGGGGGGGGAAAUAUGUCCCCAAUCCUGGAAGCCCGCAGGUUCAGUUAAACAGUAAUGAACUGCUGUAAUGCCGAGAGCUCGAUGAACCCUAUUCUUCACAAUAGAAAAUAAAAUUCAAGGGCUAGAAAAUAGUAUUUAAACGCAACUUGGAAAAGAAGCUGAACCUUGUCCAAUAUAAAACACUGUUUUGAUGUAUCAGAACUGCUUUAAACUGCAAUAAUUUUUAAUUCACAUUUGACCUCUCAAAGGGAACAAGUAGAAGACUAAAAUGCUUACCUGAAAGGUCUCCUCACCAUUGUCUCUCUGACAGAUUAUAUUGCUAUUUGAUAGCCCGACAUCAAUAAAUUGUCAAUGUUUGUGUGGUCCACAUAAUAAUAGGGUGGAAGCAAGGACCCUGUGAUUGAUGCAUCAUUCCUUUGGUGUCAAGAUGUUUGCUGUUUUUAAGCUCAUCUUUUUAAUAACUGAUUGGAUGUGAUUUUAAUGUAUGUGUGCAUGUUAUAAAGUUUGUUCUCAGCUGUAAUGAGUCUAAUGUUCUUUGAUUAGGUACAGAGAAUCUUUUAAUCAUGCUGCACUAAUCUUGGAAUAUGAAGAAAAAGAAUGAUAGUAUGUUCCUUUGUCCCCCCAACCCCAAUGCUAUGGGUUCAAAUAUAUUCUCACCCCAUAGUACAUGUGCAAAAACCUGUUUUGUAAAUUUUUACUUGUUAUUUAUCGACACAAAUUUAUUUGCAACACAAAAUUGUUAUUAAUAAGGCUUUUGACGUACCAAAGGAUCUCAGCAAGCUUCAUAGUAAUGUUAAUGAACAAAAUUUGACACCAGACUGCAUAAUGAGAUAUUAGGUGAAGAAAAUGAAAACUUGCUUGAUACUUUUUCCUUGUUUGAGAAGGAAAGAAACAGAAGAAUGGAGAGGUUUGAGGGUAGGAUCCCAGAACUGAAGACAUAAUCCACACUUGUGGACUGAUUUUAGUAUUUAAUCUGCAAGCCACUUCAAGGGGUGUGGGGGAGGGCUGAUAGUGUAGCUUGCUAGAAGCUUGAAUGGUCUGGAUGGACUCCAGUGAUUAUAAUAAUAGAUUCAUUUAGUUUAACUGACCUUUUUUUGGCCUGUUUUGCAUUGAGAGGAAAAUAGAUCAAGUAAGUUGGUAAUCUUUUAAUUCUGACACCUGGAUAUUAAAUCCAGCCGAGAGAAAUGGAAUUUAUCUCUCACCUAACUGUUUCCAUUGAUGGUAAAUGUGACUGUAUGGCCAAUAAAUUAUGGGUCAUUUGUGCAGUUUUAUUUAGGUACAGAUGAUGUGAGGGAAGUUGUGCUAUUGAAUAGGUGAUCUAAUCAAGUUUAGAAUCACACCACCAACAUAUGCAACCAAUGAAAUUGCCCACUCUGCUGGCAGAGUCAAGUGGAAACUUAAGUAUGUGGAUGAAAACGAAUUUUUAAUCUACACCUAUAUUUGUUAUAAUGAUGUUACCGGGGGAGCAAAUAGUUGCAUAUUAGAUUAGCUACUAGCAAUCAGUUCAAAAUGUAAGACUCUAGAUCUGGAGAGAAAUUUCCCUUGUGCUGGUGCAGAGUUAAUGGAUCUUUACUGGUAAUGAACCCGUAUGUUGUUCCAUGUUUGACAUGGUAUCCAAGAAAUUCCAUUUGCACUUCGAAUCAAUACAACUUCAAAGCUUUCUGAAGAAUUUUUAUUAAUUAAGCUUAAACAUUCUAGAAUUGUUGCUUUAUAACAAAUUUCGGUUUCCUGUACAAUUUUCUACUAUGUCUUCAGUUUCAAGUACAAAUUGAUGCAUGAUACCGUUCAGUAAUCGUGCUGUUAAGCAGGCCGGUGGUGUAGUGGCAUCAGCACCGGACUUUGAGGCAAAUGAUCCCGAGUUUGAAUCCGGCCGGCUCCUAGCAACUCGACCUCGUAAGAAAACCCCAUAAGGGCAAUGGCAAGAAAUGCCGCCUGAUGCGCCACAAGGCGUGAAAAGGAACAACUCCAACAGCACAGUGCUGUUGAUGUGUCCAUAACAAAUGGAUAAUUCUUCCUGUGGUCAACUGUAAGGAAUAAAGGAUGAGUGGGGAGGACGGGCUGCUGUCUUUAAUAAGAUUAUUACUAACCUGAUUGUAAUCUCAAUCCAGUCUCUCCUAAUAAGAGGAAAUAUGCCAUAGCAUAAAAAUACUUGUUUAUGAAUAAAAUUCCUUGCAGUGAAAUCCAUAAAAGUCAGUAAUGAUUGUUGUGUUAUGCAUAAACAUAUGACCUGAGGAGCAGUAUACUGUAAAGAAGAUGGGUAUUCUCGCCCAUCGAUCUGUGGCUAUUGAGUAACAUUGGCUCCCUGUUGAGCAAUGCCUUAAUUUUAAAAAAAAUCUUGUGUUUUCAAAUCCUUACAGUGUAUGACCUUGUCUCUAAUUCUUAUAAACCUCUUCAGCUCUACAACCACUGAGAAAUCUUUGUACCUCCACUCUUGACUUUUUGAUCCUCAAAUUGAAAUAUCAAAACAUUAAUGGCUGUCUCACCAACAAUGCUGCCAAAGUUCUAAUUACUUGAAUUCCAACUCUAAAUCAUCCAGCUUUUCUUUAUUCCUUAAAACUUAUGUUUUCAAUUAAACUUUUACUCAAACAUUGGUAUCUCCUUUUGCGGCUUGGUGUCAAAUUUUACCUUUGAGUAUUUUGCUAUGUUAAAGGUAAUAUAACUACAAAUUGUGUUUGAUCUUAAUGUUUCAGUUGCUAUGAAUAGUACAAUAAAAGAACACAGCCCCACUCCACAAUUCAAGUACUCUCAAUCUCAUUGGAUAACGUCAUAAAAUUUAGAGAUUAAUAUCCUUUUUGAAUGUUCUUUAAAUUUUAAGGUGUACUUUAACCUCCUCGCAAAAGAGGGUGCUGUCUUUAAAAAAUGAUCAAAAGACCUUGUACAAUUUGUAUGGGCUCCAAGUGCAGAAUUAAUGCAAAGGCACAUUUCGUAAUAGCAGAAUUGUUUUUGGAAUUGCAAAAUUUGUACUGACAACAAGUAAGAAUAUUUUUAAAAAACAGAGAAAGAAUGGAUUAGUUUUCCUCAACCUCCCAUGUUAGAGUCUUCUGGAGAAGGAAAAGAAUUUAUGCCUCUGAUUACAGUCAUUCUGAAAACUAUUAACUCCUACAUAUGAGAUUCAGAAACUUGGUAACUGAUGUUUAUCUGAAAGGAUUCUACUUUUGGUUCAAUUAUUGGCCACUUUUGAACCCUUUUUUUCCACCUUAGGAUCACAUACUUCAAUAUUUCAUAUUGUUUGACUAGAAUAUUCAUUAGGCAACUUCCCAGCUUCUCUCUAUAGUUGCUUUUCUAUUUUAGCCACUAGGAUAUUUGCAUGCACAACUUGAAAUGCCCAUUCUUUUUUAUACUUUAUCUCUUCCCCCAACAGUUCAGUAACUCCCUAUCCCUCUGUUCUCUUUUGCAAAACUGUUCCACCCAAAAUCCUGUGUCACUUCUCUGGUCAAGACUUUUCCCCUGAAAGGAAAAGUGCAUUUAAAUGGGAUUACAUUUUUAACUCCACACUGAUUUAGAAAAUUUGAUGCCCACUGCAAUCUUGCCUACACAAACAGUAAUUCCACGUUGUACAUCUUAAGUUUGGAGUUUGUAUCUGCUUUCAACUGCACAUGACUCUUAAGGAGAAAAAGACUGAUCCUGGUGGCAACUCAGCAGUGUAUAGGAUAAUGACGUGACUUGAUGGCGACUUUUUUUUAUGUGAACCUGUUUUUGAAUGUGUUAUCCUAUUUCCUUAAAGAAAAGAUCUUUUUCCACCCUUCACAUCUUAAUGAACCAUCUGUUUUUGGUGCUUCGGUGCUGAAUUUCAUAGAUUGUGACCAUGUGGACAUUGUUGGCGUCAAUGUGCCAGUAGGUGCAAUGGAAUUGUAAAUUCAAGUAUUUUAUGAUCAUUCAACAAUAUGGCAGUUUCUAACUUUUUCUAAAUUUAAAUUUCUGUUAACUAUUUCAAAUGUCAGCUGGAAAAAAACUGGUAUCUUUUGUGCAACGUGGACAUCUUUAAUUGUUUCCAUAAUCUAAAUAACCAAAAUAAAUGUGACCUAGUGCUUAGAAGAUUAGCUACAUUGUAGCCA